AUGCCCCCUUUGGGUCACGUGGGACGAAGGCGGGGUUGGCAACAUAGACAGUCCCUGCCCUCGCCCACCGUCGACGGUGCCGGGCCCGCCAUGGCGCGGGCCGUGCUGGUGGAGGCCCUCAUCGUGUUGGCCGUGGUGCUGCGCGUCCACGCCGCGGUGUGGGACCGCUACUCGUGGUGCGCCGUGGCCUUGGCCGUGCAGGCUUUUUACGUCCAGCACAAGUGGGACCGGCUGCUGCGGGUCGGGGGCGCCGUCUUCCAGUUCCGCGCCGCGGCCAACAGCGGCCUGCUGCCGGCCUCCAUGGUCAUGCCCCUCCUCGGCGUGGCGAUGAAGGAGCGGUGUCAGCUGGAGGGCAACGAGUACUUCGAGCGAUUCGGGGUCGUGGUGGCGGCCACGGGCAUGGCGGUGGCCCUCUUCCUCUCCGUCCUGGCCCUGGGCAUCACCCGCCCCGUCCCCACCAACACCUGCGUGGUGUCCGGGUUGGCCGGCGGCGUCAUCGCGUACGUCCUGAAGCACUCCCUGGCCGUGGCCGAGGUCAUCGAGGUCCUGGAGGUGCUGCUCAUCUUCGUCUACCUCAACAUGAUCCUGCUCUACCUGCUGCCCCGCUGCUUCACCCCCGGCGAGGCCCUGCUGGUCCUCGGGGGCAUCAGCUUCGGCCUCAACCAGCUCAUCAAGCGCUCCCUCACCGUGACCCAAGGAGACCCCGUGGACUUCUUCCUUCUGGUGGCCGUGGUGGGGGUAGUCCUCUUGGGGGUCUUCCUCAGCGUCCUCUUCGUCUUCAUGGACUCCGGCACCUGGGCAUCCUCCCUCGUCUUUCACCUGCUGACGGGCGCCCUGGUCUUGGGCGUCGUCCUGCCGUGGCUGGGCCACCUGCUCCGGAGGAACCCGGCGCUCUGGCUCUUUCAGUUCCUGCUCCAGACCCCGACCAGGAUCUGUCUCCUCUUCUACUGGUCCCUGCUGGCCGCCGCGGCCUGCGGGCUGGUACUGCUUCAGAGCUCCAAGAGGUCGUCGGCCGAGUCAAAGAAGUACCGGGCCUCCACCGUCACCCGGAAGUACUUCCACCUCAUCGUGGUGGCCACUUACGUCCCGGGCCUCGUCCUCGACCGGCCGCUGCUCUACGUCGCGGCCGCGCUCUGCCUGGCCGCCCUGGUCUUCCUGGAGUAUGUGCGCUUCUUCCGCAUCAAGCCGCUGGGCCAGACCCUGCGGAGCCUGCUCUCCCUCUUCCUGGACGAGCGCGACAGCGGCCCCCUCAUCCUGACUCACAUUUACCUCCUGCUGGGAUUGUCCUUUCCCGUGUGGCUCUUCCCUAGGCCCUGCGGCCGGGUCGGGGCCGCGGCCCUGGUCCCGUACUCCGGCGUCCUGGCGGUGGGGGUGGGCGACACCGUCGCCUCCGUCUUCGGGAGUACCGUGGGAGAGAUCCGGUGGCCGGGGACCAAGAAGACCUUUGAAGGGACCAUGACUUCCAUCUUUGCCCAGAUCAUCGCCGUGGCUCUGAUCCUGAUCUUUGACAGCGGGGUGGAGCUCAGCUCCGGCUAUGCCUGGAUUCUGGGCUCCAUCACUGGGGUCUCCCUGCUGGAAGCCUAUACUUCCCAAAUUGACAAUCUCCUCUUACCUCUGUACCUCCAGAUACUGCUGAUGGUUUAGGGGUCUUGCUGGGAUCUUGGCGGGGACGGGAGGAAGGGGAAACAGAGAGGGAACGGAUGGACCAUUCAUUCACAGCCAUUAGCCAUUUGGAUCCGAUCAGCAGCCUUGUGGUAAAAGGCAAAAUAGCUCUUGCACUACAUUGAAUUUAAAUUAAAAAAAGUAUUUAAAGCCUUUCCUGGCUUAACUCUUCCUUUUCCCUCAAUUGGGCAGGGAAUGUGUCUGCUAAUUCUGUUGUAUUGUUCUCUUCCAGGCGCUUAACGCAGUGCUCUGCACGUGGUGCUCAAUAAAUGCCGCUCAUCAAAUCAA